AUGUGGUUCUUAGCGUUCCUUGCCGCUGCGACUAUUGUCAACGCCCAGUCGACGCUGCCUAUCGAGGUUGACCCUCGAUGCAAGAAGAUGGACAACGACCAGUGGCAGGCUUUCGAGAAAAAGGAGGUGGUUCGCAAGCUCGCUUUUGCCGGCCUUGGGAUUCCAGCUGACCGCGCAUACACCGAGGUUCUUUUUGGACAUGAGACCAAAACGCAAUUCAAUUACAACUAUUUCUGUGCUGAGGGCUGGAAUGCCGUUUUUGAACCAUCAUCUGAGCUUCAGUGCAACCCCACUACAGUUGACCUUAUCGAUAAGUCCAACAAUGCGCCAGGCACUGUCACUAUCAAUGUGCAAAGUGGAACCAAGACUUCGACUACCCUCACCGAGACCGACAGCUUGGCCACCGCCGCCGGCGUUUCGAUGACAAUGUCUGGAAGUAUUCCCUUAGUUGGAAAGGUUUCGACCACGGUUUCAUUCACCGAGACCUACACCAAAACUUAUGGAAAGUCGCAAACCUUCGAGACAAACACGUUGACUAGUAUCUCGCGUGCAAUCAAUAUUGGUUCUGGAAACUCCAACUGCACGGCCAAAUUGACCACUACCACCUGCCAGCACGAGGCUAGAGGCAAAUACCCUAUUGUUGCGGUUGGAUGGGUUGGUUGGCGCUUGAAGGACGAGCUGACCUUCAAUGGCGAAAAGGCACGCCGCUGGUAUGUGUGGAUUGAGAACUUCCCGCGCCAGGAGCGUGAAGGUUGGGGAACCCUCAAUGCAGGAAUUGCUUCUCAAACCUACUCGACAAUUCUGAGCCAAUGCGAGGCCACCAACGCGACCACCUCGAAGCGCCACUCGAGGCUCGCUCGGUCAGACCGCUUACUCCGCGAUUGGCGCGCGAGUGCCAGGGCGGAGAUCCCAGACAAUGCUGAUGAGCUCCAAACUCCUGAACAAAAGCUGUCCCGGGCGAAGGCGGCCGUGCCUGACCAUCUCAAGGACAAGAUCAUGAAAGUCGGCGAUACCCUUAUCGUCCCUGUGGGUGAUGAUGAUUGA